CCAGCCUCGGUGCCCUCAAACGAAUGAUCAGGAACGCCACCAUGAUCACCCCCAUAAGAUUCUACGACGAUCCGGACGCCUCUCGAAUCGACUCCCUGAUGCGCGAACACUCGAUAAACAGGUCAAUGUUUGACACCAUGGCGGGCGUCUUCAACAAUUUGCGAGGCAACAAUCUCGAGCUCUCAAGGGAGGACUUCAGCAAGUUCCUCAGGGAAGUCCAAGGCGAAGUAGCCAUUCAGCUUGACAAGGAAAAAUACACCGAUGGAGAUUUCUUUUAUGUGCUGGCAGACUGUUGGAACGCUACUCGGGGACCUUCCGCAAAGGACUACUCAAAACCCAUAACCAAUUAUUUCAUCAACAGCAGCCACAAUACCUAUAUUAGCGGCAAUCAAUUGGCCUCUAAAACUUCCCCAGAGGCCUAUACUUCUGUCCUAAGGAGAGGCGGCCGUUGCAUCGAAAUCGACGUCUGGAAUGGAGAUGAAAUCCUGGUCACUGUCCCAAAGUCUCAGGGUGGCGGCGGUCAUACGAGAGGUAUAUCCAAUAUAUCUGGAAUAUCCGGAAGCGCUCUUCCCUAUGCCGCCGCCGCCGUUUUGGAGAAAAUGGAAGACAAACUCGAGGCCGCCAAGGAUACCGCCAAAAAUUACCUUGGGAGCUCCAACCCUAGCGGGCGCUCGAGGAGCCCCAGCUCUCAUAGCAGAACUACGACUGAUGAUGUAUCGUCAACCUCUAGCGACACAUUCCUUCCUGUGGGCACUGAGUUGACUGAAAAAGAAGAGGUACCUCGCCUUUCGAGGUCCCGGCCAAACCUCCCUAGGGGAGAGCCCAUUGUAACCCACGGCUGGACUUUGACGACUCCAUGUGGCUUCCGAGAGGUGUGCGAGACGAUUCGAGAUAAUGCGUUUUCUCAUGGGAAUGAUCUGCCCAUCAUUAUCAGCUUGGAGGUUCACGCCGAUCAUAGCCAACAAGAGAUCAUGGCGAAUAUCAUGAAGGAAGUUUGGGGGGACAUGCUUGUCCAGCAGCCCUUUGAAGGCUGUGAUCCCAAGUUUAGGGUGCCCACCCUUGAUGACCUCCGACGCAAAAUUCUCGUCAAGGUCAAGCGAGCCGCCGCCAAGAUGCCGAGACCAGAGGACCUGACAGCUUCUAUGCCAAUUCUAUUGAGAGACGACGAUGGCUCGAUUUCGGACACUGAGCCUCGCCUUCCUCGCCUCAAGACCUCUGCUUCAUCGCCAGCCGACGUCCCGCAGCAAGAUGCCCAUGGAAAAAUCACAAUAUGCAAACCUUUGAGUGAUCUCGCCAUAUACACCCGCAGCGAACGGUUCAUAAGUCUCAGCACCCCGCAAGCAAAGCAACCUACCCACAUCUUUUCCAUUAGCGAGGGCAGAAUCAUUGAGUUGCAUGAAAAGUAUCCGCGCGAAGUGUUUACUCACAAUAAGAACUUCUUCAUGAGAGCAUUUCCAGCUGGGCGGAGGAUCAACAGCUCCAACCCGGACCCCAGUCUCUUUUGGCGGCGAGGCGUCCAGAUGGUGGCCAUGAAUUGGCAAAACAUGGACGAGGGGAUGAUGAUCAACGAGGCAAUGUUUGAUGGCGAGGAUGGCUGGGUUCUCAAGCCUGAAGCGUAUCAAAGUUCUGCCAAGACCAUGGUGACGCUGGAUCUGGUUGCAAAGCAUACGCUGCACCUCACAAUCACCGUCUUCGCCGGGCGCAAUAUUCCGACUGACGACAGCGACAAAGACGAUGACCCCCAAAGCAAAAGCGACCUUCGUUCCCGAGUCAAGGCCGAGCUCCACAUUGGCGAGGAUGAGAUAGAUGGGCAUGAUAUGUCUUACAAGCAGCACACAAAGUCAGCCGGCUCAACUGAUCCCGUUUGGAGCUCUCAUGACAAGAAGAUUCUUGGUGAGAAGCUGCAGUUCCGCAACAUCCCCAAGGUGGUGGAAGAGUUGAGUUUCAUUCGAUUUAAAGUUGAAGGCACGUCUCACACGGUUAGCCCACCGUGCCUUGCCUGGGCAUGUAUCCGCCUCGACCGACUUCAGCAAGGCUACCGCUUUGUUCGCCUCUACAACAAGAGAGGCUGCCUGAUCAAUGGCGGCAAGCUGCUUAUCAAGGUUGACAAGAUGCUCUACUAA